AUGACCGUCAUUAUCGGAUCAUUGUAUGUAUACCAUUUCAAAGCAACCAUACUCCCCCCAUCUCUACAGAUUGAAGAGAAAAUUUGCCACUAACAGUGUCGUUUUUAAUAGAUUUUUACCGUACACAGUCCACUUUCAAAUUGAUAAGGACCAGUAUGAUUUUCUUCAAAGCGAAAACAGCUCCAAGAUUGAAAAUUUGAGAAUCUCAAGUGUCUCCAAUGUUGGUUCGGACGACGGCUCGAAGUCGAUUCUUUCCGAGACCAUAAGCUCGACGCCUUCGUCUCAGUUGUCGCACCAGCCUCAGUCAAUCAUCCCGACUCUCCCUCGUCAAAAGGACUCGCCGGUUUUCGAUCAUUCCAAGCAUGCGCCCGCGGGCGACAGAAGUGGUCCCUCGAGGACGGAGACACCUGAAGGUUUUUUUUACAACAAGAGGCCGGGAGCCAUUCUGCGCAACAACACUAAUUCGUCCUAUCCUGCGUAUCCAGCACCUGCUACUAGGCUUCCACAGGACCAGCAUUACAUCCAGCCAAAGUCGCGCAUCAACAAUUUGAAAAUCGAGAGUUCAAUCACGGAGCCAAAGAAGCUAAAUGACCCCUAUGGAACUCCUGCGUUGAAAAUUAGCAGAUCUUCCUCUAGUUUGGCCAACCCCAAUCCAGCUGCAUUGGCCAGACCUCCAAAUUAUGGCUCGGGGCUGUCGUUUACCAAGUCCUAUUCACCCAGCGGCAGCGUCAAGUCCACUAUGCAGAUGCCGAUCCACCUGCGAAGUAAGCAAAAGUUUGGUUUCACUUUGCACGGAAAUAGCAGCACAAACUCUUUAGUUUCAGAAGAAUACGACAACAACAACAACAACAACAAUAAUGCCAUGAUACCUUCCUCGUUGGAAGACGAAGACGAAGACGGGCUUUCGGGGUUUGAAAAAAACUACAAGAAUUCCGUCUCCUACAAUAAAGGGUUGGCCCCCUUUGGCGGCUUCUCGAAACCCGGGAUUGAAAAAAAUCUCUGGGAAGACUCAAACAUUUUCGACACUGCCGAAUGGACGGUUGUGCCAUCAGACGAUGGAAACGGCUCGCUAACUAAAGCCGUUGAUGUGUCGAUGAAAAACCAUGUGAUUAAUAAAGUCAAAUGGGUGGGCGUGAUUGCCAUGCCGAGUGACACCAUUUCCGACCACGUCAAGCACGAUAUUGCGUCAAAGUUGGCUUCAGAUUUCGACUGCGAGGCUGUGUUUCCAAACGAUAUUACAUUUGAAGGACACUACAAGUCGUUCUGCAAGCAGAUAUUAUGGCCCACGUUGCACUAUCAAAUUCCGGACGAUCCCAAAUCUAAAGCGUUUGAGGACCACUCCUGGGGCCACUACGUGUUGAUGAAUCAGCUUGUUGCCGACAAGUUGGUCGAAGCGUUUAUAUCUUCAAACGGAGAGCACAAUUUCGAGGACUCUGAAAAUGUCAUUUGGAUCCAUGACUACCAUUUGUUGUUGGUGCCGAAAAUGAUUAGAGAAAAAUUGCCCAACGUCAAGAUUGGCCUCUUUUUGCACGUCUCAUUCCCAUCGUCAGAAGUGUUUAGAUGUUUGGCGCAAAGAACGGAAAUCUUGGAAGGAAUGCUAGCUGCUAAUUGCAUAUCGUUUCAAACCAACGAAUAUGUGCGCCAUUUUUUGCAGACAUGCACGAGGUUGCUCCCCGCUGAAGUGAAGGAUAAGAAACUCUUGUUUGACGGCAAGUUGAUUGCGGUGAAUACCAUCCCCGUUGGUAUCGACUCGCCUGCGCUCGCCAAGAUUGUCCACAGCGAGCAGGUACAAGAAUGGAGACGCUUGAUUAGAGAGAGAUGGGGCAACGAAAAGUUGAUCAUUAGCAGGGACAAGUUGGACAAGUUGAGGGGCGUGAAGCAGAAACUUCUUGCAUAUGAGAAAUUUUUAAAGCUGAACCCAGAGUACAUUGACAAUUCAAUCUUGAUCCAGAUAUGUAUUGGCUCCAGCCCCGACUCGCUAUACGAGCUGGAGAUUAUGAAGAUUGUCUCACGCAUCAACUCGCUUCCGGAUAACAUUUCCAUCACCCAGCCAGUGGUUUUCUUGCAAAGAGACAUUGAGUUUGACCAGUACUUGGCUUUGCAGUGUGAGGCAGAGGUGUUUGUUGUCAGCUCGAUGCGCGAAGGCUUGAAUUUGACAUGUCACGAAUUUAUUACUGCUACAGAGGAGAAAAAAUCGCCACUUGUCUUGUCUGAGUUUACAGGAUCGUCAUCACUAUUGUCAUGCAAUGGAGAAGGAGCGUUGUUGAUCAACCCAUGGGAUUUGAAAAAAUUCGCCGAGGCUAUCCACGAUGCCUUGACGAUGGACAAGAAGGAAAAGGCGAUUCGCUGGGACAACUGCCACAAUUUCGUAUUGACACAGGAUUCAAAGCAUUGGAUUCGGGAAUGUUUGGAGAGCAUCAAUUCGGCAUGGGCUUUUAAUAAUCCGCUGUAA